AUGUAUGCAGGGUUAAAUAAACGCACAACAUCCGAUGGACUUAAGGAAGCAUUUUCGAAAUUUGGUCAGGUUGUUGAAGCAAGAGUAAUCACUGAUAGAAUAUCUGGAUACUCUAGAGGAUUUGGCUUUGUCAAAUAUGCGACUGUACAAGAAGCUGGUGAGGCCAUAAAAGGCAUGGAUGGAAAGGUCACUGCAUUUUUUGACCACUGUGUUGCAAAGAGGUUUACACUGCGGAAAUGCAAUGCGGUAUAUGCAUGCGCCGUCUCCUUCUCUUCUGCCGUCUACAAAUAA